CGCCUGCGCCGCCUUUCGCGCGCCCGCCAAAAGGUAACCACAGUUGAGUUCAGGCCUUGCCAAGAAUCAAGACGGGAAUAAGAAGUGCUGUUCUGAAAAUCGUUCUUUCAUUAACUUACCGGAGCUUUUAUUGGUUUCGAAUCAUCAUCAUGGAUGGGAAACUGUUGACUUUUCUGCUGGUCGUUUGCGCAGCUUCCAAUGCUGUUGCUCUCAAGUGCCACGUGUGUGCUGAGGGGGGAAUCUGUACUGACGGCGAUAUUGGUGAACUUCAGACCUGCCCGAGUGUCUCUGGCUUCGUGGCCAAUCAGUGUGCAAAAUUUGACGGGGGGAUUUCCGGGUCCAUUGCAGGAGCCGAGAUCUCUUUCAGUGGAGUGAUUCGCGGUUGCAACCUCCUCCCUGAAAACUUCGACGCCCCGCCUCUUCAGUGCUUCUCUGGCUCCGAGGCUACUGCUUACUUCCGCAACAUAGUCGAAGGUCUGGUGCCUGAUGGCACCUCUAUCGGCGAUGGCCUGCUGGGUAUCACGAUCACGGGCGACCUGUGCUACUGCGCUGACGACGGCUGCAACGGCGUAGGCUCCCUCAAGCCGUUCCUCUGGCUGAUCCUCGCCGUGGGCUUGAUGCACUUGCUGCUGAAAUAAAUGGCGGCUGGUGUGUGCGACCCCCAGAUAGUGGAACUAACAUGGCCACUGCAACUUAUAGCUGCCUAGAUUAAAUAAGUAGUAGGCUUAGUGUUGAAUAGUUAGACAGUGUGUUUUCUGCUGCUGCUUUGUAGUCUUUUCACUUGUAUAUUCCAGCCUUAUUAGCCUGUUAAGUCCCGGAUUACAUUUGACCUGGAAUCCGGGUCAUAUUUGACCUUACACUUCGCCAGGUCAACACUUUCUGGGUUAAAAUAACACUGUGCUGGUUGAUUCUCCAGGACUUUUUGACCCGAAAAGUGUAAUAAUCGACCCUGAAAAUGUGACCUGGAUAAUUGAAUUGAUCCCGAAAAUAUUGACCGGUAAAUUGUAUAGAAUGUAUCCUGGCACCAGUUAUGCAUUUACCUGCGCACACACUUUACCGUUCCCACGGGUGUAGCCACAUUGUAGUAAGUGUUCAAGAUGGUAAAUAGUUUUAAGGAUUAUUACACUAGUGACAGGGUAAUACAAUUUCGUUAUAUUUCACCAUGAAAAAGUACCAAUACUAUUUUGUCUUUAACCUUUAGGUUGAAUUGUUUUUGCAUUUGAUUCUUUCGCUCUAGCUUAUGUAGAAUUAUUUGACAGUUGCUUUUUACACAGUUAUGCACAAUUAUACCCGCGCAUUUCUUGUUAUCGCGAUGUAUUUGUUACAUUAUUGUCAAUCAAUAUGAAAACACCUGUUGCAUCGUUGAUUGCUCAGAUUGGGCCAGUUUAAUAAAUAUCGUGUUGAAAAAUAUUUCUAAACUUACCAACUACAUGUAUCACAUUUAUAGCUUUAAACGUCAUUACUUUUGUGUGUGAAUUUCAGCAAGAUUGAUUUUACAUUCUGAUUGAAGUCAGUCAAAUCAUCCGAUAUAAGAAGAAUAUUCCUAACUGGACUAUAUACGCUAGUAUCUGAAAACAAAAGAUACAAGCUUAAUUAUCCGAGCACUCAAUAACUGUUUUGUGUAUUGAUAAUGAUGAGGCGUCUUCCUCGACAAAUCAUGAAAGAGUUUAUAAUAUGAAGGCGUUUGGGUGAUACGUAGCCACUUCAGAGAAAUAAUUGAUCAAGUGAUUGUGAUUUGCGUUUUUUUUCUUCAAAACCUGAUUUGCCUACCAGUACUACGUUUUAUACGGCUGAGUGGAUUCCUGUACUUUUGAAGAACAUUUGAAGAGGUCAGCAAUAAUGUAACUUACUACAUUUUUAGAAAAGUACAAAGAAUCUGGCGUUUGACUUUUGAAAAAAAAAAUAUAAUUAGACGUUUAUUGUAUUUUGCUCAGUUUCGCCUUAAGCAAAGGCCAUUUGCAAAAACUGUUCCGCUCGGAGUAAAAGUGACCGAAAAGUUCCACUGGUUACCGGCUACCAGCGAGCUCAGGCCGCUGAUGCAGUCUGAUUUCAUAGCGCCCUCUUGUCGCGUCGGUGUCGCGUCAGUUUUUUGAUUUUGGUCACCCACAAUCCUUUUGGGUUCUUUCAUAAGUCAUGUUUAGACGCUUAGCAAUUUGUUUUGGUCUGGCGACCAAGAGGGCGCUAUUUAGUUCGGGUAGACUCCUUCGUGUGUCCCGAACCACUCCUUCGUGUGUCCCGAACCAAGAUUUAAUAGCGCCCUCUUUUUCUGGCUGCCAUAUCGCACAAGUGUUAGCGACUCGGUCUGUGCCAGCUUUCUUGGUUUGACCAGUAACUACAGUGAAUUGAACUCUCACUCCAAAAAAAAGACGUCACUUUUACCCUAAGCCGAAUUUGAAAAAGAGUUUUCUGCGUUUGCUCAGCAUUGGUAGUAUAGCCAAUUCUCUUUGACAAACUCACGUUUCGAGAGAUGUUGCCAUCAAUAAAGAUGUUGUACUGCAAACAA